AUGGUGGGGUUUAUCCUUGUGUCGGGUCUACACGCCGAUAGAUGUCGCCCGUGUGAUGGAUCGACAUCAGUUUAUGACAGUCGUUUGAAUUCCUGUAAUCACAUAGUAACAAAAGAGGGUGUCAUCAUCUCAUUAAAGGCGCUCAAUCAUACGUUUACUUCAUUCAAGAAUGAAAUGGAGACCAUGUACAACAUGGUACAUAUUUCCACAAACGAAAAUAACUGUGUUCAACAUCCACUGACUCCUGAAGUCAAGGAACGCUUGCCAAAGAACUAUAAGGACCGAUUUAUUCAUGAAACAUAUGCCAAACUAUCCUUUGCUUAUGAUGUACUUGAAGAGGCUUCAUUCAAUUUCACGGGGAAUCACUGGAUGAUAAGAAAUGAACUUACAGCGGUCAUGUGCAAUAUGGUCAAGGUGAACCGCAAAAUUCAUUGCAGGAAUAGUCAGCUCAGACCAUCUCGCCGAAUGAAAAGCUUCGAAAGGACGGAAGUUUGUGAAAGGAGAAAUGUUUAUAAUUGUAGUCGUGGACCAGAAUUGACUCUUAUUGGUCUGUCAAAAGUUCAGAAAUUGGUCGAGGAAAUCCUGGGUUUUUGGGAAUCUUGUAUAGUGGAGCGUCCUGGGAAUGGUAAGUUAAAGGUCUUGAAGAAAUGUAGAAAACGAAAUAAAAAAGCAAGGAGAUGUUUUAAAAUGAAAACAAGGAAAGACAGACGAAAAUGUAAGAAAAGGAAAGGGAAGAGAAGAAAGUCUAAAGCACAAAAUUAAUUCAAAACUUUUCAACGUAGAUCAGAAAACCAGCAAAACCAAAUAUCUAUUAUAGAACCAUUAAUAUGUAGCUAGUGCCAGAGAUAAAUGUGUUCUAAAGUCAGAGCAUUAGAUUUUUAUUUAUUUGUAUUAUUUAAGAAUUAAAAUAUGCAUUGAUUAUGAUUUGAUUUACAGAUUACAUAUGCCAAUUCUUAUAAGGUGAUAUAUAGUACUGAGUAUUAACAAACGCACAUGCUUUUUUAUAACAUGGCACG